GCCUGCAGAUUGGAAUCGCGCAGAAUGCCGCUUUGACUGCGGGCGCCUCGCAGUUGUUGUGCCUCCACUGCCUUCGGGUGUAUGCGCAGCUCAGCUGCUGCAGCAGCAAAAACAUCUAACUUCAAUACCUAUUCCUGUACAGGGUGAGGAAUAA